AUGGUAAAUGCCCAAGGAUGGUUGGAUAAAAUUUAUUCACAAAAAAACAGAGGAAAAGUAACUAAAUUAGUUAUUAAACAGAAAAACUUAGAAGGUUGUCUCGACCUAACAGAGUUUGUGAAUUUAACUGAACUCGAUUUAUUAAAUUAUUUAGAUAUCAGUGAUAAUAACCUUGAUGAGCAAGGCUUGUCAGUCUUUGACAAUUUUAUCAAUUUAGAAACUUUAUACAUAGGAACUAGUGAUAAGGCAAAAAUUGAUCAAGGUCUUUACAAUCGCUUUGCUGGUAGUUUAGAAUCUUUAAAGAACUGCACUAAAUUGGAAAAUUUAGGUCUUUCUAAUACUGAUAUAGACAAUGGGUUGGAGUAUUUGCCAAAGAGUUUAAGAUAUAUACGUUGUUCUACUGAUCAAAGACUUUUCAACAAAGUAAGUAAAAUAUUUGAACGGUUGAAUGCCUUUCCUGAAUGGGCAAAAAGAGACUUUAAUGGAACACAAGAAUUGUAUCUGAACGAAAAAGACUUAGAAGGAGAGCUAUAUUUAUCAGAUUUUACAAGUCUAGAAAGAGUCUACCUUUCCCAUUGCAUAGAUGAAAGUAAGAUAAAAAUAAAAAACCAAAAUAAGCAAACAAAAAAAGAAGUUAAAGUUACCAAACUAGUCUAUGCUGAGAAUGCACAAGAAUAUCUAGACAAAAAUUUUCCUCUAGCAGAAAGGCGAUAUAUUAAAGAGUUAGACCUUCGUAAUCUAGAUUUAGCGGGAAAUCUAGAUUUAGGAAACGCUACUUAUGAAUAUUUAAAUGUAAAGUAUCCUAAUAAAGAGAAAGUAAGAGAAGUUGAACCAGAAUCAGGAGUUAAAAGAGGUGUGAGAAUCAAAAAAAUAAUCUUUGGAGAACUGAUUAUUGAUGAUUUCCCUAAAUUAGAGGAAAUAAGCAUAAAUGAAGAAAAAUUAACUCAACUUCAAAUCAGCAACUGUCCUCAGUUAACUGAAUUAACUUGCUACAAAAAUAAUCAACUUACUGAAUUAACUAUUAAAAAUUGCCCUAAUUUACUGAAGAUAACCGCUUUUAAAAAUCAACUUACUGAAUUAACUAUUAAAAAUUGCCCUAAUUUACAAAGAUUAGAUGUUUUUCAUAAUCGAUUGCCCAGUUUGGAUUUAAGUAAUGUUAGGCAAUUAGAAUAUUUAGAUAUUGGGGACAAUACCUUUCCUUCCCAAGAUUUAUCUUUGGUCAGUCAUUUAGUAAAUUUAGAAGAACUUGAAUUGCAAGAUAGUAACUUCACUAGUUCUUUGGUGCCUUUACAAAACUUGACUAGAUUAGAAAGAUUAAAUAUUUCCAAUACUGACAUUAAUAGUGAUUUAGAGGACGUACCAAAAAACAUCGAUACAAUUUGUUGUUCCUGUUAUGGAAAAGAGAAAUUUAAAGUAAAAGAACUUGAAGAACAGUUAAAAUCAAGUCCUUUUUUUGAUUCAGCCAAUCACUUAAAAGAACAGGGUCAUGAUGCUGAACGAGACUUAGAUUUGCAAACCAAAGAAUGGCUAGAAGUAGGUUUGAAAAAAGGAGAUAGCGAGUUUACUGAUUAUCUAAGAAAAGAAAAUUUUACUCCGGAACAAUAUGCUGUGCAAAACAAAAAUGCUCAGGAAGAUUUAGAAGGUUCCUUAGAUUUGAGAGAUUUCACUAAUUUAGAAAUAUUAAAUUGCAGUAAUAAUAAACUAGUAAAUUUGGAUAUAAGUAAUCUAACUAAACUCAAAGAAAUCGAUUGUUCUAGCAAUAAACUUGUUAAUUUAGUAACUAAUGGUCUAGAUAACUUAGAAAAUCUAAACUGUUCCGAAAAUUGUCUAACUGAUAUUCAAUUAUUAUUAUCUAAUCUGCAUUUUGAGAAACUAAAGACAUUAGAAUUAUCUAACAACAGCUUUUCACAAAGUGAUUUAUCUCCUUUUAGUAAAUUUGUUAACUUAGAAAAUUUAUACCUAAGUACAACUAAUGAAGAAAAAAUUAAACAAGGUGACUACAAUGAAUUCUGCGGUAGUUUAGAACCAUUGAAAGAUUUAACCAAACUAAGAAUAUUAGAUAUUAGUAAUACUGAUAUAGAUAGCGGAGUUGAAUAUUUACUAGAAAAUUUAGAGAAAGUUAUUUAUGAUGGGGGAAAAAAUCCUGAAGCAAAAGAGUUGAAAAUUAUUCGAAAAGAGUUAAAAGGGGUAUUAGAUUUAUCAGAUUUUGUUAAUUUAGAGGAAUUGAAUUGUCAUAAAAACGAAUUGACCGGUUUAAAUAUAAGUAAUUGUUCAGAGUUAACAUUAUUAGAUUGUUCUAGUAAUCAAUUAACCAAGCUAGAUUUAAAUAAAAACACGCAACUUGUUGACCUUGAUUGCUCUGAUAACGAAUUAAACAAGUUAGAUUUGAGUGGUUUAAAUAUUACUAAACUUAACUGUCAAAACAAUAGUCUGACAAAAUUUAAUUUUUUAAUUCUUAAUCCUGAAAUAGUGGAAAGAUUAGACUGCUCAAAUAAUGAUUUCUCAGAACAAGAUUUAUCAUCCUUUACAUCCUUUACUAAUUUAAAAUACUUAGCAAUUGGAACAAAUGCUGAAGAAAGAAUUGAGGAAGGCAUUUACAAUCGUUUUAUGGGUAGUUUAGAAUCUUUAAAGAACUGCACUAAAUUAGAGAAAUUAUACAUUAAUAACACUGAUAUAAACUUUGGUUUAGAAUACUUACCUAAUAGUGUGGAAAAACUUAAUUGCUUUAGCGAAGAAAGGAAAAAAAGCCAAGUAAAACAAAUAGAAGAGUUAUUAAAGGACUCAAAAGUAAUUAAUCUUUCUGAUUUGAAAACUAUUGACUAUCUAGAAAGUGAAUUAGUUAUUGCUGAUUUUCCCAAGUUAAAGGAAAUAAAAAACAGCGGUGAUGUUUGCAAAAUAAACAAAGUAACUGUUAAAAAUUGUCCUCGAUUAGAAGAUUUAGAGAUUAACCGUUUUAAAGAUAAUAAAGAAUUAAAUAUCGAUGAUUGCUCAAGUUUAAAGGGAAUUAAUUGCUCUAGUAACCAGUUAGUGCAGUUAAAUGUUCAAUAUCUCCCUAAUUUAGAGAAACUUAAUUGCUCCGGUAAUCUUCUCACUAAUUUAGAUAUUUCUCAAAACUUAUUACUAAAAAAGUUAAAUAUUAGUAAUAAUGACUUUUCUGAACAAGAUUUAAAUUUUUUAUCUCAUUUAGUCAAUUUAGAAGAACUUCAUUUAGAAAAUAGUGAUGAAGAAAAAUUUAAACAAAAUAUUUACAAUAGAUUCCACGUUUCUUUAAAAUAUUUGAAGAAUUUAGAUAAGUUAAAGAUUUUAAAUAUUAGCAAUACUGAUAUCAACGAUGGUCAAGAAUAUUUGUCUGAUAGUGUAGAAAAAGUUUAUUGUAGUGAUAAUUUACGGGAUGAAUCUAAUUGUAAAGCUAUUGCUGAAAAACUGAAAGACUGUUAUAACAAAAGCUCAAAAUACUACAGUUAUCAGGAUUGGAUAAAAGUUGGUCAAAAUGACAAAGAAAAUUAUGGUAAAAGGAGGGAAGAGAUAACUAAACUGAAUAUUGAUAAAAAAAACCUAGAAGGUUCUUUAAUUUUAGAAGGUUUCACUAGUUUAGAAAGUUUUUCUUGUUUUAACAAUAAGUUAACGGAACUAGAUGUUAGUAAUUGUUUAAAUUUAAAAGAAUUUAACUGCUGCAAAAACCAGUUAACUAGUUUGGAUAUAAGCAAAAAUUCUCAUUUAGUUAAAUUUGCUUGUUCUGAAAACCAGUUAACCAAUUUAGGUAAUUUACUUAAAGAAUUAGAUUUUUCUGCUUUAAACUCUGAAGAACUAGAAAGUUUAAAUAUUUCGAGUAAUAAUUUUCCUCAACAAGAUUUAUCUUUUCUGGAUAGGUUUACUAACUUGAAAUACUUGCAAAUUGGAAAUUAUGAGAGAAAGAAAAUAAAAGAUAGUAUUUAUAAUCGUUUUUUUGGUAGUUUGGAACUUUUACGAAAUUUAACCAAGUUAGAAGAACUAGAUAUCUCCAACACCGAUAUUAAUCAAGGUAUUGAGUAUUUGCCUAAUAGCAUAACAGAAAUCUAUUAUUCUAUAAAGGAACGAAAAGGAAGCAAGUUAAUAGAGAUAGCAGAAGAAUUAAGUGGUAAAUCAGCUUUAGCUAAUUUACUAGUCAACAAAAAAGAAAAUUUUGAGGAACAAGGAACAUUUAAAGAGGAAUUCAUAGAAAGUGAUGGUAGUGUUGUCAAAACAAAGAGUAUUCAGAUUUCUGAUUUUAGGGUUAAGGAUGAAAAAUACCAAAUAAUUGAUACUGUUGGAAUAGGUAGUGGUGCUAAAUUAAAGGAGGAAGAAAUAGUGCGUGAAAUAUUUAAGGCAUGUUACGAAUUUGGUGAAGGUUUACUUCAAGUAUUGUUUGUGAUCGACAAAAGAGUUACUUUGGAAGAAAUAAGGGUUUACAAUAUAAUAAGAAAAAAGAUUUUUGAUGAUAAUAUCACUAAGUAUACGACAAUUGUUCGAACUCAUUUUGGUAACUUUCGAAGUCAAGAGAAACGAGAAGAGGACGAAAACAAAUUAAAAAAAGCGAAUAUAACCAAAAAAAUGGUUGGAUCGUGCAGAAAUAUUAUUUAUAUUGAUAAUCCUUCAUUAAGUUCUGCUGAUAAUGAAGCAGAAAUAAGUGUUUACAAUAAGAGAAAGAAAGAAUCAAGAGACAUAAUAUUGAGAAAUUUAGCAGCUUGUCAAGAUUUUUAUAAACCAAGUAACUUAAAGUUAAUAAAUGAGAUAUUUAGGGACUAUGUUGAAGGAGACAAAGGUGAGUUCAUGAGGCUUUUGAAAGAAGACAUCAAAAGAUUGAAAAACGAAAGCUUUAUCAGUAAAAAAUUAAAAGAUUUAAUGGUGAAAAAAAUAAAGACAACAAAAGAAAUGUCAGAGUCAUCGCUACGAGCUGCUAUUGAAAUAAGAAAUAAUUGUUUACAAAUAACUGGGAACGGAAAAUCUACACUGGCAAACGUAAUUGCUAAAACUGGUGAAUUUAAAGAGGGUGAAUUUGCAGUUAGUGAAACUAAAAAGAUAGCCGAAUAUACAUUUGAACACGAAGGGAUGAAAUAUCGAAUAGUUGAUACAGUUGGAAUUGGCGAUACCAAAAUGACAAUGGAUAAAGUAUUAAAUAGACUGGCACUGAUGGGAUAUUCAGUAAAAGAUGGCUUGAGUCAGAUAUUGUUUGUAACUGAUGGUAAGUUAGUGGAAGAACCAAGGUCUACUUAUGAGUUGUUAAAGAAAGUAGUUUUUGAUGAUGAGCUUGCUAAUUACACAACUAUCGUAAGAACUAAUUUUCCUGAUUUUAGAAAAGGUAAAAAAUGUGAAGAAGAAAGACAGAAUAUGAUUGAAAAUAGUGAAAGUAUGAAAGAAUUAAUUGAAGAGUGUAAAAAUGAAAUAAUUUUUGUUGAUAAUCCACCAAUUGAUAUUGCCAAUGAUGAAGAUUUAGUGUACUUAAAUAAAAAAAGAAGAGAAGAAUCGAGAGAAAGAUUAUUAAAUCAUUUAAAAAAUAUUUGUCAUGAUGCUGUUUACAAACCAGAAAAUUUAGUUUAUUUGAGUGAAAAGCUUAGUAAGCAUGUAAAUAGGAAAGAAAAGUUAAAAAAAGGGUUGUUUAAUUUUUAUGAUAGGGCGAAAAGUAAAUCACUGAGUUUGGAUAUAACUAAUGAAAUGAAGAAACUCAUUGAAAAGGAAGAACCGGAAUUAAAAGAAUACAUAGGAGAAGGGUUAAAACAAUUAGAGGAACAAAAAAAGAACAAGAAAGAAAAACCUAGAAUAACUAAUGCCAAAUAUAUUUCUUGUAAUUAUUUAGAAGGUAAAUUAGAUCUGACUGAUUUUAUUGAUUUAGAGAAGUUAUAUUGCCAAGAUAAUGAAAUAACUGGUUUAUUAAUAAAUAGUUGUGAAAAAUUAACUAAAAUUGAUUGCUCUUAUAAUCCUCUUGUUGGUAGUUGUGAAACUUUCCGGAAUUUGAGAGAAUUAAAAAUUUUAGAUAUUAAACACUCCAAAAUAAAUGGUGGUUUGGAGUGUUUGCCUAAUGGUUUAGAAAGAUUUUUUUGUACUGGUCAAUUACAAAAAGAACUAGAGGAUUACGAGGAAGGUAUUGAAGAAAGAGGAAAAUUUGUUGAGUUAAAUGUCAAAAAUAAAGAAUUAAAAAAAGGUUUAAGAUUAAUAGGAUUUGUUAAAUUAGAAAGAUUAAAUUGUUCUGAGAAUCAUAUAACUAAAUUAGAUUUGAGUGAUUGUCCAAAUCUAAAGUUUCUAGAUUUUAAUAACUGUCCGUUAGAAGGUAGUUUAAAAUUUUUAAAAAGUCUAAAAAACUUGGAGGAAUUAAAUAUCACUAAUACUAAUCUCAGUGAGGGUUUGGAACAUUUACCAAUAGGUUUUAAGAAACUUUAUUGUAACUCUGAUCGUCAGUAUAAAUCAACCAAACUUAUGGAAAAUAAGCAAAAUGGUAUGAUUGCUAAAGUCAUUCCUUUAGAGAGGUUAUAUGUUAUUAGGGGUAAUAUAAGACAGUUUCUCAAAAAUAUUCAAGCCAUUGGUAGAGGUGUAGCGAUAGCAGGUGCAGUCUUAACUUUUCAAGACAAAAGUGCAAUCGGAGGGGGAAUUUUAGCUAUUUAUCCUCUCGCGGAACUAAUCGAUUUUUUGAUUGAUGCCGAUAGUCUUUCAGACAAUUUUAAUGAGUUGUCAGGAAUGCUGUCUCAAUUUAAAAUUAGUGAAUUAAAAGGGGGAAAAGUAAACGAAAUGCUUAAAAAUUUGGAUAAAAAAACCACUAAAUUUUUAAAAGCGUAUGAUGAAAAUGGCGAUAAUGAAAUAGAUGUUGAAGAACUAAAGAAUGAAAAAAAGAAGGCAGGGGAAGAAGAAAGUAAAUUACAAGCAGUUAUGAAUGCUAUAAAAGAGUUAGAAAGAGCGAUAGUGGGAUAUCGACAAAUUUCUUAUUAUGGGAUGAAUGAAUCAACUAAAGAAGAAGAGUCUAAAGAGAUAAAAUUUGAAGAGAAACCGACAGAGGCAACAAUAUUAGUUGAACAAUAA